AUGGAACGUGUGAAUGAUAUUGAUUUAGGAAAGUUCAAGGUCUGGAACGCCAUAACAGGCACCAAGCAAGAAACUAAGAUUAGCGCCACCUUCUUCUCCCUUGUGCGCAACUCCGAGCUUCAGGGCAUGCUCGACUCUAUCAAAUACCUCAACGAGCGGUUCGACAAUGCCAAAUACGGCUACUCGUGGGUUUUUGCCAACGAGGAGCCCUUCCUGGAGACAUUCAUCGCCGCUGUCCGUUCGGCCUUCACCUCGGGGACUCCCCACUUUGUCCAGAUUCCAACCGAAUACUGGUCCUACCCCGACUUUAUCGACCAGGACAAGGCCGCGAAGGAGCGCGCAAAGCUCGACAGGGAAAGGGUCAUGUAUGCCAAAUCCGAGUCUUACAGACACAUGUGCCGCUUCAACUCUGGGUUCUUUUUCGAGUUGGACGUGAUGCAGCAGUUCCGCUACUACUGGCGGGUUGAGCCAAACAUCAAGUUCCAGUGCGACUUGCCGACUGACUUGUUCCAGGAGAUGGCUGAUGGCGGAUAUGUCUACGGCUGGACCAUGUCCAUGCCUGAGGGGCGUAAGACGGUCGUCGGCUUGUGGGAGGCGUCGAAGAAGUUCUUCGAGGAAAACCCGUCGUAUGUUCACCCGAACAACUCCAUGCAAUGGGUUUCUAGUUCCGACGGCUCUGAGUACAACAUGUGUCAUUACUGGUCGAACUUUGAGUUGGGCGACAUGGAGUUCUUCCGUUCUGAUGCCUAUAGAGAGUACUUCAAGGCGUUAGACCGCACCGGUGGUUACUUCUACAGCCGCUGGGGUGACGCGCCCGUGCAUUCCAUUGCAGUUUCCUUUCUUGCUGACAAGCUGAAGAUCAGGCACUUUGACAACACCGGCUACUAUCACAAACCCAACCAGGGGUGUCCGAUGGACGACCAGUUACGGAAGGACUUACACUGUGACUGCGAGCCCACCAAAGAGUGGACAUGGCAUAAAUUCAGCUGCACCCAGCAGUUCUACAAGCUCUCGGGGCUCGAGAUUCCCAAGUUGGAGCCCGCCGAAGAAUAUUAUGUAGACUAG